AUGCCCAAGGUUCUGCUCACUGGCGGCAGUGGCUUCAUUGCCGCUCACAUCAUCGACAUCUUGCUGCAGCAUGAUUUCGACACCGUCGUCACGGUCCGUUCCGACGAGAAGGGUCAGAAGAUCCUUGAAAACCACCCCAACCUCCCCAAGGAGAAGCUGUCAUAUGUCAUUGUCAAGGAUGUCGCUGAAGACGGUGCCUUCGACGAGGCUGUUAAAUCUAACCCGCCAUUCGACUAUGUCCUCCACACAGCAUCUCCUUUCCACUUCAAUGUCCAGGACCCCGUCAAGGACUUCUUGGACCCCGCCAUCAAGGGAACGACUGGAAUCUUGAAGGCGAUCAAGGCCUACGCCCCUACUGUGAAGAGGGUCGUCGUCACUUCGUCUUUCGCCUCCAUUGUCAACUCCGAGCAACAUCCUCCUGUCUAUAGUGAAGAGCACUGGAACCCUGUCACUUGGGAACAGGCCUUGGACCAUUCCAAGGUUUACCGGGGUAGCAAGACAUUUGCGGAGAAGGCUGCAUGGGACUUCGUUGAAAACGAGAAGCCCAACUUCGACAUCGCUACGAUCAACCCCCCCCUUGUCUUCGGACCCAUCGUGAACUACUUGAACUCCCUCGAUGCGAUCAACACAUCCAACAAGCGGUUCAGGGACUUUGUCCAGGGUAACCUGAAGGACGAGCAGCCUUCCACAGACACUUCGCUUUGGGUGGAUGUUCGCGACAUUGCUUUGGCUCACGUUAAAGCAAUUGAAGUCGCAGAGGCUGGAGGAAAGAGAUUCUUCGUCACCAACGGUUUCUUCUCAAACCAGGAGAUUGCGGAGGCUAUUCGGGAAAGCCACCCUCAGUUGGAAUCGAAGCUGCCACCGAAGGGUGCUCCUAGCGACCCCCCAACUCAUGCUUACGGAUACGACAACACCAGAUCCCGUGAGCUUCUGGGUAUCUCGUACCUGCCUUUGAAGAAGACUGUUGCCGAUACCGUUGAGUCUCUGCUGGCUGUUGUCAUUGUUUGUGUAGUUAUCGGGCAGUCGGAAAAGCUGCAUCUUCCGGCUCUGUCGCUCCCCGUACCGCCUGGAGACAUUUUCUCCUCCGAGGAUCCCUCCGCAGCAAAAAGAAUAUCCUUGAAUCCAGCCAUCAGAAACGCCAUGACGUCCGCGAGAUUAUCGCCGACGGCGAAUCUUCUGCGGAAGUCGCGGGUGUUCGCAUUGCCACAGGCAUUGAAGCCUCCCCAAGAACCCCCCACUUCGAAGACGGUCUUUGAAUCCGACAGCGCGACCCUUCCCUAUCCGACCCGAGCAUCGAUUGUUACUCCGGGUUCGUCAUCAAAACGUGGUGAUUGGGGUUUGAAACGUCCUAUCCCGUCAAAGUCAACAUCGGAAAAAUCGGUCAGACCGGUGAUUAGGGUGAACGCCCAUGACACCUUCGAACAUGUUACCGACUUCGAAUCCGCGCAAGACCACACGUUGACCUUGGCGAAGUUCCAGGAACUUCACCUGCCCAUGUCGCUUCCGUCCAAGGUCAACUACUCGAGCAGUUUCCUUCCGGGACACCAGAGUCCAUUCGAAUUGGAUGUCGACAACACACAGACGAGCAAAGACCUUGCGAGACCGUAUGCCAAACAAUUCAGGCAAUCCGGACCUUGGCUUGCCGGGCAGACCGAAGCGGAGUUCCAGACCUACUUGAAAAAGGUUCGACGCGACAAGCCGGAGGUUCUGCAAAGGCUUCGCGAUAUGUAUGUGGCAAAGCGCACCGUGGAACAGAGAAAGGCGAUCCAAGACAAGGGAGAGGAUCUCGAGAACAUGCAGCCCAUCAAGUUUGACGAGAAGGAGUUCCAUGCCUACAUUAAAUCGCUACGUGCAGACCCGACUGCUCUAGGCCCAGUGAUCUUCGAACUUCUGGACCUUCCGUCCCCGCCGCCAGUGCCCAACAUGAGAAUUGCCGGUAAGUAUUUCCACGCUCCGGGAACCAAGUUGUCUGCGACGGAAUACGCUACUUCUGGACCACCGAGGACGCACCCCUCAGCGGGUCUGUCCUACACGCGGUCCCACGCAUUGCUCUACAACCAUCCGGAACACGGCCCGCAGGCCUAUCAACGACCCGUGCAGGCGCGUAUCUUGCGGCCAAAGAGCAAGCUCAAGGGCAAGGGCAAUAGGGCCAUUGCAGGUAUUGGUGGUAUUGCAUCCGAAGACGUGAACUCCAUUACGUUCUGGGACCAACGGACGCCCCCUGGAUUGGCCUACUUUGAUGCAUCCAUCGAAGGCGGUGGCAAAUACUGGGCUACGCCAAUCCGGGCUUCAGUUACCUCGGAUGGCAAAAUCGACCUGGCAUCUCUCAAGGCAAGCGUUACGGCCAAGGCCCCCUACGGCAUUGAGGAUGCGCCAGAGGCCGAUGCCGCGAACCGCGUUGCGGAAGUGACUCAGGGUGCCUCACGGCAAGUUCCGAAACUGGACGCCAGGGCGCCUCGCUUUAGGCAAUUCGAUGAAAGAAGGCACACGCCGAUGACGAGUCGUGAGGAUGCUGCAAGGUCACUCAUGGAAACACUCAAGUAUGAAAGCUAG